AUGGAGUGGAUUCGUCGAGAAACAAUCGGUCACGGUAGCUUCUCCACCGUAAGUUUAGCAACAACCUCCGGAACUUCAUCGUCGGAGUUUCCACCGUUGAUCGCCGUGAAAUCAACCGGAUUUGUCUGCUCCGCCGCGUUAAGGAACGAGAGAGACGUGUUGGAUUCUCUCGGAGAGUGUUCGGAGAUCGUUCGGUGUUACGGAGAAGGAAGGAGUGUGGAGAACGGAGAAGAGAUUUACAAUCUGUUUCUAGAGUACGCUUCCGGUGGUAAUUUAAGCGAUCGUGUUAAAAAUUCCGGCGAAAAAUCGUUACCGGAAUUCGAAGUCCGACGAUUUACGAGAUCAAUUGUUAAAGGAUUGCGUCAUAUUCACUCGCAUGGGUUUUCUCAUUGCGAUUUGAAAUUGGAGAAUGUUUUGGUUUUCGGUGACGGAAAUGUGAAAAUCUCCGAUUUCGGUUUAGCGAAACGGAGAAGAAGAAGUGAAAUCAGUGAAACUAGGGUUGAGAUCAGAGGUACGCCUCUGUAUAUGGCACCGGAAUCUGUUAAUCACGGCGAAUUUGAAUCUCCGGCGGAUAUUUGGGGAUUAGGAUGCUCUGUAGUUGAGAUGUCUAGUGGUAAAACGGCGUGGUGUUUGGAAGAUGGGAUUGAGAAUGUAAUGUCUUUAAUGGUACGGAUUGGUUCAGGCGACGAGGUUCCUGAGAUUCCGGUUGGUUUAUCGGAGGAAGGUAAAGAUUUCGUGAAGAAAUGCUUUGUGAAAAACCCGUCGGAGAGAUGGACGGCUCAGAUGCUUUUGGAUCAUCCAUUUUUAGCCGUUGAUUACGAGACUGAGAGUGGUUCGUUGUGGUGUGGGUGUGGCGAAGAAGACGAUGUUUCGGUUUCAUCACCGAGGAAUCCAUUCGAUUUUCCCGGUUGGAAUUCGGUUCAAUCUCCGGUUAAGGAUUAUUCGCGGUUUAAUUGUUUGGUACGUUCGCCGGAGGAGAGGAUCAGUGGUUUGGUUACAGAGAAGGGACCUGAUUGGUCGGUGACGUGUGAUUGGGUCAACGUUAGGUGA